CUACCUAAUGGCAAGCAGGUUCUUUCGUUUGCCUUCGCACCCUAUAGCCUGUUUUCACAUGCGUUUGUAGCUAAAGACAAAAACCUAAUUCUCUCAGAAAAACAAUGACCAGUUGGCAAAAAAAGAAAGAAAAAAGUUCCUUGGUGUGAAACAGAAUGUGCAGCUCAGACCCCGCACCCUCAAGGGCCCGUCUUGCAGGUCGAGUUCUGCAGCUGGGCUUGGGCUUGGGAAGUCGCCCGUCUUCAUGGGGAUCCGCUGGCCCCACCCACCGGCUGAAACGCGAUCCGAGUUGUAGCGGAGCCGGAAGCUGGCCGGCGCCUCCUUCCCAAGAUGGCAGCUCCCGGACGCACCGCGGCGGCCCUCCUGCUGCUGCUGCGCCUCAGCCUGGUGGCGGGCUAUCCCAGCGGCAGAGUGACGGAGUCCUGCGGGGACAUGGUCCCCAGACACGGCCACGCCCCGCGCCCCGACCCCGUCCACAGCGUGGCCGUGGCCCGGACGACAUUCAUGCCGGGAGACCAGAUCGAAGUUACGGUGUCGGGGCCGGAGUUUAAAGGCUUUCUCAUCGAGGCCCGGGAUGCUGAGGAUCUGAGCGGCGCUCCUGUGGGCUCCUUCACGCUGAUUGACAGCCAGGAGUCCCAGCUUCUGACUUGCGGAGAUAAGCAGGGGUCAGCGGUGAGCCACACCAGUGCGCACAAGAAGACAGAAGUGAGAGUCUACUGGGACGCCCCCGGCAGCGCCCCCAACCAUGUGCAGUUCCUGGCCACGGUCUUGGAGAAGUAUAAAAUCUACUGGGUGAGGAUUCCUAGUCCUGUCAUUUCACAGCCAAAGGCCCCGCCCUUUUCAACACCUGGGACCACACCAGCGCCUUCGCCAGCCUCGCCUGCAGUCUCCCGUCUCACCAAACCAUUCAGUGCCUCGGGCUGUGGGAGCAAGAAGUUCUGUGUGCGGAGCCCCUGGGCCUGCGACCCAGCGAAGGAGGCCACCUGCCUCUUCCUGUCCUUCACGCGGGACAACCAGUCGGUGACGGUAGAGAUGAGCGGCCCCAGCAAAGGCUACCUGUCCUUCGCGCUUUCCCACGACCGGUGGAUGGGCGACGAUGACGCUUACCUGUGUAUUCACGAGGACCAGACCGUGAGCAUCCGACCUGCCCAUCUGACGGGGCGGAGCCACCCUGCCCUGGACUCCUGGGACGCCCUCGAGGAUAUGGCCUGGAGGCUGGAGGAUGGCGGGAUGCAAUGUUCUUUCAGAAGAAACAUCACCCUUCCUGGCGUUGAGAAUAGAUUUGACCUAAACACAAGCUACUACAUAUUUCUAGCAACUGGUGCAGCCAAGGAUGGUCGAAUUUAUAGACACUCCCAGCAGCCUCUGAUUACAUAUGAAAAACAUGAGGUGACAGGUGAUCCGCAGGACGUGGGAGCGUCUCGGGCCCCGCCCCUGCUGAGGGCUCACGGGGCCUUGAUGCUCAUGAGCUGGAUGACGGCCGUCAGCGUGGGUGUCAUCGUUGCCCGGUUCUUCAAGCCCGUUCUGUCCAGGCCUCUCUUCGGCGAAUCCGCUUGGUUCCAGGUGCAUCGGGCGCUCAUGCUAAUUACUUCCUUCCUCACCUGCAUUGCUUUCGUCCUGCCUUUCAUUUACCGAGGAGGCUGGAGUAGCCGUGCAGGUUACCACCCCUACCUCGGCUGCGUGGUGCUGGUCCUGGCGGUUCUGCAGCCCCUGCUGGCAGCCAUGAGGCCACCUCUACACGACCCCAGGAGGCACCUGUUUAACUGGACGCAUUGGGGGAUGGGAACAGCUGCUAGAAUCGUGGCCGUGGCGGCGAUGUUCCUGGGGAUGGAUUUGCCGGGACUGGCCCUUCCCGGCCCGUGGAAGACCUACGUGAUGCUGGGGUUUGUCGCCUGGCACGUGGGGGCAGAGAUCGUGCUGGAGGUCCACGCGUACCGCCUCUCGCGCAAAGUUGAAAUACUGGAUGACACUAGAAUUCAGAUUAUGCAGACCUUUACCAUGGCUGAGGCAGAAGGCCACGGCUUUAAGAAGGCGGUGCUAGCCGUGUAUAUCUGUGGGAACGUGACUUUUCUCGUCAUAUUCUUGUCUGCCGUCAGCCGUCUCUGAGCCCGCCGCGGCCUUGCUGUGCCGGCCAGGUGACGGUCUCAUCGAGCCGGGGAACGCGAGGCCCAUGCCGCCUGCCGGGUGUGGGCAGGAAAUCCGAGUUGGAGACCAGGCCAUGCCCACGCGGGGUUCUGGCGGCUGGCCCUUAGGGUCCUGUGGACUGUGACGCGCCGUCCAGCCUUUAGGUGCAGGUCCGAGUCUUAAAGGGAAGGUCGAGGAGAAGUGACCCUCGAAUAUUUCUCUUUUCUGUACCUUUUUAUUGAAUGUAUCGGGGUGACACUGGUUCAUGAAAGGAUACAGGUUUCAGGUGAACAACUCCACACACAUCAUCUGUACGCUGUCUGGUGUGUUCACCACCCCAAGUCAGGUCUCCUUCCAUCACCAUUGAUCCCCCGUCUCCCCUCCCCCACCUCCUCCUAGCCCCCUCCCAGUAUUUCUAUGCUGAGAUUUUAAGAAUGUUAGCAUUUAGGAAUGUAAACAAGAACUAUUUGGAAAAUAAAGGAUGACCUUAGGAUGGAAAGGCGAGGAGAGGAACUAUAUUGGGGCUCUGGAAGUACUGUGGGCCUUUUAAGACAACAUCCACAGGGUGUCCCCCAAAAUGAGUACACACUUUAACAGCUGAUAGCUCAAUUUUAAAAAUAGGAUGUAUUUUAAUAAACACUGCCUUUAUAAUUAUUCAAAGCGUGUAUACAUUUUUGGGGGGACACCCUGUAUUUUUACUAGUUUAUCUCAAUGGUCUUUUUUCCUAGGGCUUUUUGGGAAACUGUAUUUUUCAGUCCUGUUUUGGGGACUCAUUCCUUGCUCUGUGUAUCUUGUUUCUUUGGUAAAGGUGGAAAUGGGGCUGACCCCAUGGUAGGUUUUGUUAACAUUGAAACAUAUUACGGAUAUUAUGUCUUCCCUAGCUGUGAAAUGUGAGUGUGCAUCUUCUGCUUAAAAACUGCCUUUAUAUAUUCAGCAACAGAGCUGAUGGCCUUUUAUAUGCUCGGUGUUUUGACAAUCAGAUUUGAAUCCGACAGCCUUUGGAGAUUGUAGACUCGAAUUUCAAAACUAAUAAAGCUCACCCUUGUGGACACAUCUAA